GUUUUGUAGACGCACUCACGCGAGUCAGAUCCCAGAACAAGUAACGGAACCGGCUGGUUGCCAAACAAGUUGUUUUGUCGAAACCGGUUAAGAUACUGCGAAUGUGUUAAAAGAGGGAAAAGAUGAGUCCAUUGUUGUAGAGUUUGAGAAGAAGAAUAUAAGUUAAUGACUCAGAAACGACAUUUUAUUUUUGCUGUGCGUCAUGAUUCCCAACCACAGGCCGCCGCCAAGUGACAGGAAAAGUUGUGUUUGUUGCGCCGUUAUUGUCGAUGAAACUUAACAACAGUUGAAUGGAGACGGAAGAGCACUAUUAACGAGGAGAUGAAUUUCGGAGUCCCCGCAAACUCACUGUUACUUUUCCGUGCCUGCGACGAGGGCGACUAUGAAACCGCCCGGGGGGUCCUGGAGCCCGGCGCCCCGAAAGAAUCCGGACGGCAGAGCAGGCUGCGGUCAGAAGCGGGGUCCGAGUGCAACGCCGCAGACAUGUUGUCCCUGGUACCGGUGGACUCUACGGACGAGGAGGGCAACACCGCCUUACAGUUCGCGUCGGCCAGUGGUCACGAGAACCUGGUCCGGUUUUUGUUACGAAAGGGGACCUCGGUGGAUAGCCGCAACAACUACGGCUGGACCCCGCUGAUGCAGGCUGCGAGGUUUGGUCACCUGACGGUUGCCCACAUCCUGUUGGAGAACGGGGCAGAGAUCAAUGGACGCAACCGGCUGGGCGCGAGUGUCCUCACUAUGGCGGCCCGAGGGGGGCACACUCAUGUGGUGAAGCUGCUCUUGGAGAGCGGUGCCUACGUCGAUGACUAUGAUCACCUGGCCGUUGCUGCGGAGGCAGUCUCAAACGGCAACAACAACAACAGCUGCAGUGCGGCUGGUUUCGGAGGUGGUGAAGGCGGUCCAGGAGGCGGCGGCAGAGAAUUCAUGGACAUCACAGCCCUGAUGGUGGCUUCUCAGCAUGGCCACGAGGCUGCGGUGCGCCUGCUACUAGAAUGGGGCUCUGACGUUAACUUUUCCCAGAAGACCACUGGCUGGGGACCUCUCAUGGUGGCCACCCUCAGCGGGAAGGUGGCUGUAGCUCAGCAGCUGGUGGAGCGUGGAUCCGACCCAGACAGGUUGAAUGUUCUGUCCAAGACGGCCUUUGAACUCGCCAUGCAGCUUAAACAGAGAGACAUCAAGGCCUAUCUGGACUCCAUCACCACUGUCCGACCCCAGACCGACGAUGAAAAGAGAAGACCGGAUGUGUUCAGUGCACUCAAGUUAGGAAACUCCCAGCUAGUCAAGGAGAUAUUGGAGGAGGAUCCCACUCAGGUGAAUUCAUCCAAUCAGGAGGGAGCGUCACCUCUGAUGAUGGCGGCAGUGAGCGGUCAGCUAGAGGUGGUGCAGCUGAUGGUGGAGAAGAAUGCCGACAUAAACAAGCAAGACGGCGUCCAUGGGUGGACCGCUUUAAUGCAGGCGACCUAUCACGGUAAUAAAGACAUUGUCAAGUACCUGUUGGGUCAAGGGGCGGACGUCAACCUUCGAGCAAAGAAUGGAUACACUGCGUUUGAUUUGGUUAUGUUGCUCAACGACCCAGACACUGAGUUGGUGCGUCUGUUAGCAUCAGUGUGUAUGCAAGUAGACAAGGACAAGUCGAAGCGCCGUAGUGGAGCCCUCCUGACUCGCUCUAAAAGCCGACAGUCCCUCAAUAACGUCCCUGUGCCACCUGACGACAAGGGGGGCCUUAAGUCCUGGUGGAGUCGGAUGUCCAAUCGGUUCCGGCGGCUUAAGUUAACUCACACUCUGAGACACGGCCUCUCGUCCAACCGCCUGGCUCCAUUUCCAGACGACGCUGAGCCCUCAUUGGAUGCCACGAUGAGGGCGAAUCGGAAGCCGGCGGCCGCGUCUAACGGAGCGCUGGCACCAACUCCGGAUGACAUCACCACGGCCUGGGCAGGCAAGAGCAAAGACACUGGUCUUUGCAGGGCAAACUCUGAAAAGGAGGACUUUCUUAUCACCACAAUGCUCAGAAGUGGUGCGCCCUUGACCCGGCUGCCCAAUGACAAGCUGAAAGCGGUGAUCCCUCCCUUUCUUCCUCCGUCCAACUUUGAACCGUGGAACUCGGACCGUUCGCGUCUCCUCGGGGAGGGAAAGAAGAGCGAAGCGCCCCGCCUGCCCAUGCCCCCCCAGAGGAAGCUGAACAGCAGCGGAAACUCAGAUAUUACAUCUAUCAGUCGCGUGGUUAGUAGGUCCAUUAAGUUUCCCAGCAUUCCCAAGGGGCCCUCCUCCUCCUCUCCUUCAAAUUCUGGUCACUACCACUCGCCCCACUCCUCCGGAGGCUCCAAUGGAGUGGCAGGGAUCAACCGGGACUCUCAUAACCGUUCAGGGGGCAGUGCGGACAGUGUUCUCUCCCAGAUAGCGGCCCAACGGAAGAGAGCAGCGGGCCUGAUAGAUGCGAAGGCCCAGGCUCCAGAGAAGCAGCACAGCCAGACACAGAGUCAACCCCCUCUGCCACCCUCAGCACCCGGCAUGCCGCUGCCUGAUAUCAACCUUCCUGAGAUCCACUCACACCCCAGCCUGGUGGCCCCCGACAUCCACUCGAGAAGGAAGAUGGAGUUGAAGAAGAGACCUCAGUCAGGGAAUUCCUCCACAUCCAAGAGCACGUCGCCCACUUUGACUCCAUCUCCUUCCCCAACGCCCAAGCCUCCCACUGGGCCGGGAGACUCUCUGUCCUCAGCCUCUUCCCAUCCUCGCUCCAAGAGCAGCGGUGGCUCCAGCAGUGGAACCAUAACUGAUGAAGAUGAGCUGUCUGGCAUAUUGAAGAAACUGUCGCUCGAGAAAUACCAGCCAAUAUUUGAGGAGCAGGAGGUGGACAUGGAGGCUUUCCUGACUCUAACAGAUGGAGACCUGAGGGAGCUCGGCAUUAAAACGGACGGACCCAGACAGCAGAUCUUAGCUGCCAUAUCAGAGCUCAAUGCUGGAAAGGGCCGAGAGAGGCAGAUCCUUCAGGAGACCAUCCAUAACUUCCAGUCGUCCUUUGGGAGCAGCGCAAGUAACCAAAGACAACCAGGUGAACCACGCUCACCAACGGGUUGGAUGAGACACCAGGUUCGUUCACCCAACAAAAGAUAACCCAGCAGCCCUGACGCCCACCAGGAAGUACGCCCAAGGUACUUAAGAUAAGACCAAAAAUGACCUCUAGCCAAGGCACGAAAAAUAUGGAGUCUUUUCGAGCCGGUGUCCCAGACGACCACUAGCGGCGUUAGUGCAAGAGGAGGCCGCAGCCAAACGACCACUAAGACCCUGAUAACCGGCCAGGACCAAGCGGCAUUAAAGUAUUCCUCCCAUGGAUCCUAAAGCAGGCGAGGUGUGAAGGGGCUGGCUGAGUCCGGUGCCCUGCUGCUGCACGACAAAGCACUCGAUGUGUGGUGAAUUAUGAUUUUUGUUUAGUUUUUUGCCACGGUGAUACGGUGGCCACAUCUACAGCGAAUGCAGCGCAGAGAGUUCUGAAAGACGACAAGAUCAAACACACAGCAGAGGGAGAGGGAGGCGUGAUAUUGUUUUAUCCAAACCAAUGUGAAGGGUACAGCAUAUGUAUUGUAGAAAUGCCACGCUAAGUCAGGAGAAAGGGAGAGAUCAUGAGCCUAACAAUAAAAAAAUGCAAUAAAAAAUGGUAUUAUCCAGUGAUGCUGCGAUUGAGACUCCAGAGCAGAUGUAAUGACCAAAAAGGAGCAUUGAUGAGGAAAGAACAUGUUGAGAGAGAGACAUUAGCUGAGCUGCUUCUAUGUCUUUUGCAAUUUUACAAACAGAUCCUUUUUAGUCAACACUGUGCUGUCAUGAAUAAAUAAACAUUACAAUGAUGCAA